GCUAAAACCAAACAUUCAAAAUUUCAAACCUUGACUGAGAAAUUCAAGUUGUCAAACAACUUAAUCCGAAUUUCCCAACUAUUAUUAUAAUCAUCACAGCUUCCUUUCGCUGAUCGUUCGAUGGUACUCUUGGCUGCUCAGAAAUUUUCGAAGAAACUGGAAGAUCACAACAAUCACACUCAUCAUGAUCAUCACCACCAUCAUCAAUCACACCACUUUUCAUCUUCCCUUCAAGCUUUUCGAUCCAUAGCUUCCAAUUCCAUUUCCCAAUUACCCCAAUCUGAAAUCCUCUCCCUCUUAUGGAUCCACAAGUUCUUAGGCCUCUUACCCUCAAUCAACAGGGCUUUCGCUAAGCUUCUGGUGGAUAUCGAUUAUCCCAUGAGCUCAUGGGAUUCUGAAUCGGUCCAAUUGUUUCUCCGGUAUAGCGUGAAUUUGCUUGAUCUUUUCAAUUCGAUUUCUUCUUGUCUUUCUCACCUCGGUCAGGCUCGGAUGUCUCUGUGUCAUGGAUUGAGUCUCCUGGAGAAUUCGCCCUCCUCAGCUAUGAAGCAUCUGAAACCGAUUCCGCCUGGUCGUUUCAACCUUAGUUUCGAUGAAGAUACGAAGGCGGAGGAUCGCGAGGCCAAGGAUUGCUCAGGUAAGCAAAUGGUUGUUCAUGAAGCUGUAAAUGAAUUGAAGAGGAUUGUGUUCUGGGUAUGUGGGAUUUUCUUGUCUGGCUUAUGCAGCGAAUGGAAACCCUACUUGGAGAUGAGAAAAAUUACAGGUGGUUUUGAUGAUUCUUCAGUUUUCACGCUUGAUUCCAGAAUCAACGAACUGAUGCUGAUAGAGAAAAUGCCUGUGUUGAAAGAGAUUGAAGAGAUCAAUGGUUCUGUGGCUAAUCUUCUUGCUGCUUCAGAUGCUGAGAAACUUGAUGCGUCCAUGGAAUUGCAGAAAGAACUUCAUGUGUUGGAGAAACUCAUGGACGAUGCGAGCAAGGAGGUGGAUGAAUUGUUUGGCAACGUUAUGACUCAGAGAAAUGAGUUAAUCGAUUGCUUUAGAAUAACCACCACACAACCCCAGAAAUCCACUGCUUGAUCUGUAGUUAUGUUCUUG